AUGUCCAGAGGAAAACAGUACUACAACUUGCCACCAAGCCCAGUCUUCGCCCUCCCCAUUCUCGGGCAUCUCCACCUCCUGAAACAACCUCUUCACAGAACUCUACACAAACUUUCUCAAAAACACGGCCCAAUCUUCUCCCUCUGCCUCGGUGUCCGCCGUGUCGUGGUGGUGUCAUCCCCGGAGUUGGUGGCAGAAUGUUUCACGGAAAAUGACGUCGUUUUCGCCAACCGUCCUCAUGUUCUUGUAGACAAGUACAUAGGCUACAACCACACCAGCAUGACGGGAGCCCCCUACGGCAGCCAUUGGCGCAACCUCCGCCGUCUUAGUGCCCAGGAAGUGCUCUCCAUCGCUCGGCUCAACACGUUUGAGCCAAUCCGACGAGAUGAAAUCAAAAGAUUACUCCAAAGCCUGUACAGAACUUCGUGCAAUGGAUUUGCAAAGGUUGUACUUCGGCCAAAACUGUCUGAAGUGGCAUUUAAUAUGAUAACGAGGAUGAUUGCAGGGAAGAGAUAUUUUGGUGAAGUAAAGGAGAGUGAACAACAAGGGAAAAUAUUUCGCGAACUAAUCAGCGAGGUUUUUAAGCACGCUCACGCUUCGAAUCCAGAGGAUUUUUUGCCUUUUCUGAAUUGGGUUGAUUAUAGAGGUUUGAAGAAGAACAUGGCUGCUCUUGGGAAGAAAUUGGAUGAUUUUUACGAAGGUUUGCUCGAAGAACACCGGCUGGAGAAGAGAAACACCAUGAUCGGCCAUUUGUUGUCUCUACAAGAAUCGCAGCCGGAACUUUACACCAAUCAAACCCUUAAAGGGCUUAUCACGAACAUGGUGAUCGCAAGCACAGACACGUCAGUGGUGACCAUAGAGUGGGCAAUGUCCCUUUUGCUUAACCACCCUAAUGUGUUACAAAAGGCAAGAGAUGAGUUGAACGCACGUAUUAGUCUCAAUGACCUGAUUUCGGAACAGGAUUUGUCCAAUUUGCCUUACCUUAAAAACAUCAUUUUGGAGACCUUUCGCAUGUUCCCAGCUGGACCAUUGUUGGUGCCCCGUGAGUCAUCCUCGGACUGCAAAGUACAAGGAUAUGACAUUCCACGUGGGACAAUUUUACUUGUCAAUUCGUGGGCAAUCCAUCGGGAUCCUAAGGUUUGGGAUGACCCAACGAGUUUCAGACCUGAGAGAUUUGAAGGUCAGGAAGUGGAGACACACAAGUUGAUGCCAUUCGGGAUGGGGAGAAGGGCAUGUCCAGGUUCGGGCUUGGGACAAAGGAUGGUGGGAUUGGCUUUGGGAUCAUUGAUUCAGUGCUUUGAAUGGAAGAAAAUAAAUGGAGAAAACGUUGAUCUAAGUGAAGGGAUAGGGCUAACAAUGCCUAAAAAGCAGCCAUUAGAGGUAAUGUGCCAACCUAGAGAAAUUGUGCACAAGGUUCUUCAAGAAUCAGACAACAACAUUUGA